AUGUCCUCCUCAGAUGCUGCGCUGAAACUUGAGAUCGCGAGACUCACAGGUGCAAUCAAUCGCGCGAAGUCGGGCACUUCGACGCCCAACCCACAGCAAACACACCUCGCAAACUAUAUCAACCCCAGCUACAAACCGGUCAGCCAGUUUGCUCGAAGGCCACCAAGUUUUACGCAGUCCGUUCCUCCGGCUCCCGGUCCGUCAAAGAAACGCGACGUUGUCAUCGGCGGGAUCGCAUUCGAGUCCUCCAGUCGCAGUCUAGUCCGCAAAGAUCUCUCGAAACCCUUCAAGCCUUCAGCCCGCCCAUCCAAAGCAACCCAUAAGUUCUCGCGAAAUGCACAUGGGCAAAUGAUCAAUGAUAGACGCGCGUACAAACCGAAGAGCUCGAUGCGGCACUCUGGCCGUAAUAUGACUCUCAACAACAAGACCGGACGCUCGUCGACGAAACGUCGCAAGCUACUUGACAAGCCUUGCCCUCGCUUCACCACCACCGGUUCCUGCAGCCGAGGAUUAACUUGCGCGUAUCAACACGAUCCAGACAAGAUUGCCAUAUGUUGGCCAUUCCUCCAAGGCAACUGCGCCAAGACGGCUGAGACCUGUGCUCUCUCGCAUGAUCCGAUACCGCAACGGACCCCGUUGUGCGUUCACUUCGCCAACGCCGGCAGGUGCACGCGGACAAACUGCCCCUUCCCUCACGUCCGUGUGGGGCCUAAGCAAGGCGUUUGCCGUGACUUCGCUGUGCUCGGCUACUGCGACAAGGGGCUUGACUGCGAACAUCAACAUGUCCGCGAAUGUCCCGACUUCGCCGAUACCGGCGCGUGCAUGAUCAAGGGCUGCAAGUUGCCGCAUGUUAUCAGAGCAAACCGGAAUCGGAAACCUGUUCAGGCUGCUCUUGCUCACCGUGCUAUUGCAGGAGGCGCAGAGACCGCUUCCGGCGCUGAACCGGAGUCCGAAUCCCAUGAAUCCGAUGGUAAUACUCAUUCCUUCCUUCACCCUACAGUCGAAGAUGCGCAGCUGGGAGACGAGUAUAUUUCCUUGACUUUCAACGAAAGCGAAGAAGAGGGGGAAGACAGUGACGAGGAACAUGGUGAUAGCGAAGCAGAAAGCGAAGGCGAUGCCGUUUGAGUGCCGCCGACGUUGCACCUGAAUUUAUCUCGAGUAGUUGUUGGAUCAUAUUUUGUAUCUUUGCCUCUCAAUACACUGCAUUUUCCC